AUGAUAUCUAUUCUUGCCGCUCUCGCCCUCGCGUCUGCUGUGUCUGCCGCUGUUCACGAUGUCAUCGUAGGCAGCGCGAACGCGGAUCAGAUUUACACCCCUAGCUUCCUUUCUGCUUCAGUUGGGGACCAGAUCACUUUCCAAUUCAAACAAGCAAACCACACCGUGACUCAGUCUUCAUUGAAUGACCCAUGCCAUAAGAUUAGCGGCGGUUUUGACUCCGGAUUCAUGUUUGUCCCCUCCAACCAGACGGACAACUUUCCGACCUACACGAUCACCGUUAACGAUACCAAGCCGAUCUGGGUUUACUGCCGGCAGGCAGACGACACUCCCAAAAGCCACUGUGGCAACGGCAUGGUGUUCGCCGUCAACCCAGGAGCGAACGGCACAUCUAGCUCCUUCCCGAACUACCUCAAUAACGCCCUCGCUGAAGGCGCGGCGUUCAAGUCUUCCGCCAGCCUGAGCGCGACUGCUACUUCGUCCUCUCUGUCCGGCUCCUGGACCACCGCCGCAUAUGGAAACGUGACGAUCCCCGCCGCGCCGACAGUCUCGGUAGUGACGGAGACGAUUACGGUCCAGGCGUCGUCUUGGGUGACCACGUACUCAUCGUACCCAGGCUCGCCCGCCGCGACGCCUGUGUCGCUCCAGGGGACCACGCACAAGAUUGUUGUCGGUGGCUCGAACGGACAGCUGACGUUCAGCCCCUCGAACAUCACUGCUGAGCCGCGCGAUACGGUUGUCUUCGAGUUCCACCAAAAGAAUCACACCGCCACCCAGGCUUCCUUCCCUGAUCCUUGCCGUCCAUUGACCGAUGCUAGCACUGGUCAGGUCGUCGCCAUCGACUCUGGAUUCAUGCCCGUCUCUGACAACGCGACCGAGUUCCCUACCUUCAAUGUCACUGUCAACAACACCUCCCCGACCUGGUUCUACUGCAAGCAACACCUGCCGACCGGUGCCAGCCACUGCGGAAUGGGCAUGGUCUUCUCUGUCAACGCCGUCGCCGACAGCAACCGCAGCUUCGCCGCCUUCCAGCAGCUUGCUAUGGAUCUCAACGGCACAGGCUCCGCGUCGGCGUCUGGGUCUGGCACCGGUGCCAGCCCAUCCAGCACGGGUGGCGCUAGCGGUGCCGACGUGCUUGUCGUCAACGCACUGCUUGGGCUUGGGUCUGUCGCUGCCCUCGUGACGUUCCUUCUGUGA